UUUUGGAAAGGGAACCCAAGAGUCUCAAAAUGAACUGUCAGGCACCAGUGGUGACAUCCAGUGCUCAUUAUGUUUUGACACCAAUUUCAUAUUAUUAUUAACAAAAGUCUGCUCAAAUGGCUUCCCCUCGUAGGGACAGACUGUUCUGUUCGUCUCUAUCGCAAAUGACUGGCACAAGCUUAAUCCAGAGUGUUCGAGAAAAACUUUCAAAUGGAUGAGUAUAAUAAUGAACUUUGCUGCAGUAAUAUUGACAGAGGUGAGAGGUCAGACACACAAGCUCAGCGCUGACACGCUCGGCUGCCUAAGGAGUGUGCCUAGUUUAGAAACUUCAGGCCCAACCGGAAUUUGGAGCUUGGGUGCAGAAAAGAAUUUCAGGACUUUCCAGUUCGUGAAGCACAGAGAGAUUAGAAGAUGUCCCUGGAAAUAACUUCAAAGGAACUGGACUCUGAAAGGAUAAAGCCAGAAGUUGCACCAAGGGUUUAGUACAUGAAUUUAUUUCCCGUGUUCCUUCCACUCAGGCAUUAAGAAGACAUUUCCAAGGUGAGCAAGCAUACAGCCUUGAAUGUCGCCAGGGUUAUGAACAUGGAAGUCGGUGACAGGAGGGACUGGUAUCCUAAGAUCCACAGACAAGCCCUGUCCCUAAGAAGUAAAUAGCAAGUCUUUAAUGAACCUUGCCAGCUGCUGCAGUAAGAACCGGCCCCAGAAAGUAUGCUUGUGUCCAUAUCUACCAGUGUACCCACUCCAGAUCUCCACCCAUUUGUACAUCAUUCAGCAUCCAGCAGAGGAAAGUAAAGUGUUGCGCACGGUCCCUCUGCUAGCAGCAUGCCUGCCCCCUGACAAGUGCACAGUAAAGAUUGGCCGCCGCUUCAGUGAAGAGCGAGAUAUUGAACUUUCAACUGUUUGCCGGGACUCUGGUACAUUAAUAUUAUAUCCAGGGGCUGAAGCUACUAAUUUGGAAGAAUUUAUAUUAGAUUCUCCUGUUUAUCCUUCCACAAUCAUCAUCAUUGAUGGUACAUGGAGCCAGGCUAAAGACAUUUUCUAUAAGAAUUCCUUGUUCCGACUUCCCAAACAGGUGCAGUUAAAAACUAGCAUUUGUAGUCAGUAUGUAAUUCGGAUGCAACCAACUAGCAGGUGCCUUUCUACCUUAGAAUGUGCUGCUGCUGCUCUUUCCAUCUUAGAGAAAAAUAAGUACAUACAAGAGACUUUGCUCCGCCCUCUUCAAGCGCUGUGCUCUUUCCAGCUUCAGCAUGGUGCUCAGAUUCGCCUCAGCAAGGAAUACCUUCUGAAAAACGGAUUAUACCCCAAGCCAAUGCCAAAGAACAAACGCAAGCUCAGGAAGAUGGAACUGUUAAUGAACAGUGUUAAAAUUUAGCACCACUGGCUCCAUGGUGCUCAUUCACCUGUCGUUAGCUGACAAGACUGUGUAAACUUUCCCCCAGUUUGGGCUUGAAGGCUUUGACUCCGCAGACGCAAUGCUGGCAGGCACUGUGCUGCUAAGCAGCAUCGUACAGCACACUCCACCCCUCUGGGGAAAGCAGACUUUCACAGUGCUUUUGUCAUUUGCUUCAUUUUGGUUUUUGUUUUCUUUUGAGACAAGGUUUCUCUGUACAGCCUGUAGACCAGGCUGGGCUCGAACUCAGAGAUCCACCUUCCUCUGCCUCCUGAGUUCUGGGCUUAAAGGUGUGAGCUACCAUUGUCUCGCUCACAAUAUGUGCUUUGAAAUAUGUGCUUCCACUACAUUUUUUAUAUCUAUUCAAAAUACAGUUAGCUGUUGGUCUAGAGUAUAGAGUUGUCUAUAUAAUGAAGAAAAUUGUGCCUGGAACAGUGUUGUUUCCAUCGGUGUUUGCCGAGACCUAGGUCUAUGUAGAUCAGUGAUGGUUUUACCCUGCGUUGGCUUCAGCCUUACUGUGAAAUAAAUGGCAAAAAGGGUUACUUGUUUUAUUAAAUAGUAUAAAGGAACAGGGAAACUUUUCUGUUUAGGGUUGAACUUGGACUCAGUGAAUGUAAUUUACACCUUCUGUAAUUAUCAGGAUUCCUGUGGAUGCAUUUAAUUUUGAAAUAGCUUGCAUUCUCAUUGGAGUUGUUUUGCCUAAGUUUUAGUUUUUCAGUGUUCAUUUAACAAGUUUACUGGUUGUAGUAAGAGGUUUUUUUUUUUUUUAUGAAGUGUCCGUAUAGAAAUGACUGAAGUAGAGUAUAAUACAGUUAUUAUUUUGAGAACAUACUUCUGUAAGUAGCUCUACUUAAAUUUUUUUUAAGAGCAAAAACUUUCAAUAUGAAAGAUCAAAUUUCCUCACCCUUUUAGGAGAAUAUUUGUUGAGAUUUUGUAUAGAAUAAGAGAAAUUUAUACACUAUAUUUAUAUCCAAUUUACAGUUAAGUUGACACUUCGGCAAGAUCAGGGUAUUUUCAUUUUGAUCUUUGUUCACAAUUACUGUAGUUCCUUGAAUCCAGGGUUGUAUGGGAGGAAAAAUCAAGCAUGCAGUUAAGUGGUGAUUUUGAUAAAUACAUGUUGUGACACACACUGGUUUCUGAUGUUUUUCAUGCUCUUUUGUUUAUUAUUGGUCCAGAUGACAUUCAUUAAUAGCUUGGCUGGUCCCAAUUAGAAUGCUAACAAAUAUGUAACAAAUUAUGUAAAAAUAUUUAAAAUAUUAAAAUUUAGAUUUGUGACUUCAA